AUGCCCAUGGGGUACAAGAACGCGAUGGGGCUCGUCCAGUACCUGCACCGCCGCAUGCCGGUGCAGGGCCUGCAGCCCCCCCUCGGCCUUCCGCAGGCGAGGGAGAUCCGCAAGGACCGCGGAGUGCCAGCCUUGCGAGUUGGGGGAGGCAUGCGCGACGUCUGGCAGGUGUAUUGCGACGACGCCGACUACGCGGAGAAGGUCGAGCGGCGCGCGUGCGAGCCCCACUCCGCCGCGGGGAGUCAAGUUGAGGAGAGCGGUGACGAUGGGCGCUUCGCCCAGGCGGCUCGUGCCAAGUACCGCGCCCUCGAUGUCCCUCUCAGCAAGAAGAACGGCACCAGAGUCAGCCACUGCCAGCGCCUGGGCGCCUGCGCUGAUGGCUGUGACGGGAGAGUCGUUGCCCCCGCGGCUAGAGCAGGGCUGGCGGUGCAGCUGACGCUGCACCUUCUGCGCUCCAAGGUCAGCAGGAAGGACGUGCAGGUGGUGGCAGGGCACUGGUGCCACCUCGACUGUUUCCGUCGGGAGUGCUCCUGCGUCUUCACGCGCGUCUGGAAACUGAUCAACGCCUGGACGGGGCCGCCUCGGCAGUAUCUGUUUCCAGCUGUGGGCGCGGAGUUAUUCCUGGCGCUCUGCCUCCUCCCGUUGCAUCAGUUCGAUCUGAGAUGCCCAGUCUCCCCGCUGGUCACCUUCAGUGGCGCCUCGGAGACCGGUAGGGGCGUGUGCUGGAGCAACAAGCUUCGCCCGUCAGCCGUCGCCCCGUCGCUGGCCGACCUCUGCCAGGGUCGCGCAACCGGGAGAGACGAGGUCGGACUGGCGGAGCUCUUCAGCGGCAUCGGGGGCGGCAGGAUGGCUUUCGACCGCCUGGGGAUUGAGGUCGCCGCCCACGCCACCGCAGAGCUGCUGCCCGAGGCUCGGCGCGUCAGCCAUCAGCAGUGGCCGUCAGCGAUAGAGCUCGGAGACGUGACCAAGAUAACGUUGAAUACCAUCAAGGCCGCGAUGUCGAGGGCGCCCCACUUGCGCGUCCCGUUCGUGCUAGGGGGGUCCCCGUGCCAGGGAGUCGCUCGCAUCAACGCCUGUGGGCAGGCAUUCACCUUGGGCGAGAACGUCAGCUCGAUGACGGCCGCCGACAGGGGGAGAUUCAGCCAGGGCCAGGUCAUGGGAGUCGUGCCCGUGGAGCUCCGUGCCGGCGGGUGCAGUCUGGUCAAGCGGCCGAGGCUCUACUGGGUCGACUGGCCGCUCGGGCCCGAGACCUCGGAGUUCCAGUACCAGCAGAAGGACGAGGUCACCGAGGCAGUGCUCACUGGCAGCUGGCCGAGUUGGGCAGAGCAGCUCGAGCAGGCGGGGCUGGGAGUGACCGACCAGGCUUCGCGCGAGCGCUGGGCGGCGGACAAGUACCGCUACCCGCCGUACCAGUACCGCAGGGACAACCUGGUCGAGGCAUCCGCCGCUUCGGCGAGGACUUGGGAGUCGGGCGCCAAGCACAAGCUCCGACCUCUGACCAGCAGAGAGCGGGCUGUGCGCCUAGGGUUCCACUGGAACCAUUGCAGCUGGGCCGUGCCCAAGUCCGAGUCGGGGUCGAUCGACGAGGACGUCAAGUGCUCGCUGCUGGGUAACUCCUUCUCAGUCCCGGCGACCCCCGAUCAAGUGCGCCGCGCCCUUUGCGAGUCACUUGUGCGGAGCGCCAUCUUCAAGGGCAGAGAUGUGCGCGCCGCGACGGGAGGCCUUUGGAAGCCUGCGGGCUGGCCAAGGAGAGGCGUUGAUGCAGACCGCUGGCUCUGGCGCGCUUGCCUGAGCUUCAAGCAGGGAGGCGCGCACAUCAACGUCUUGGAGCUGCAAGCCCUCUUGACCGCCGUGUCUUGGCGCAUGAGGGGCCGUGCGAACAUACGCACGAGGUUUAUUCAUUUCUGUGACUCUCAGGUUUCCAUAGCAGUGGCCUGCAAGGGUAGGUCGCAGUCCCGCCAGCUUCAGUCCAUCCUCAUGCGCUUGAACGCGCUCCUGCUUGCCACGUCCAGCCACCCAUUUUGGGUCUUUGUUCGGUCGGAGCUCAAUCCGGCCGACGCUCCGAGCAGAUGGUGGCAGCCAUAG